UAUUAUAAAGAUCUGCUAUAAGUACAAAUUAGCCGAUUACCUACAGCUACCAAGUCAUACGAUAACAUCAUCUUGUACUCGAACAUCUGCAGGGAUUAGUUUAAGUCAUCUAACGAUCUGCGGCAUAUCAGCGUCUGUCCGUGUUGGAAUCACGGCAGCUGGCUCGGAAUUCUUGUGUUUUUCAUGUGAUAUUGUGAAUGCGUGUUCAUCUCGUAAACGCAGUCCGCGCGCAUAAUACAGCAGCUGAGAGGCACCGACGAUGACGCCAUAUGGACUUGCAGUGUGGGUAUACGUUACGUCGACUUAUUCAUUCGUCGUUUGUUAUCGAUUUUAUUGAUAAAUACUUGAUCAUGAAUUCGGAGACUCCUGCUAGCAAAAAAAAAGCCAGCGACGCUAGCGAAGAGAAUUUGACUGUCAAAUUUGAGAGUCUGAUCUUUAAGGAGAGAGAAAAACCCGAGAAGUAUCCGUUCGAAAUUGUGUCGACCGAACAAAUAGUACAAUACAUGAUCGAUUUCAUCGAUGACGUCAACAAAGUCAUCGAGAAGCCCGCGACGAUCACGCGAAUCCUGCUCAAUCACUGCAAGUGGGACAAGCAAAAGCUGCUGGAAAAAUACUUCGAGGAUAGUGCCAAGCUGUUCGCCGAAGCGCGCGUUGUCGAUCGUAGCGAGCUGACCGCCAAUUGCGCCGGGGACACGCAACAUCCGGACGCUCCGAGCGGCGAAACGGAAGACUGCGGAAUUUGCUGUGUGCCGACAGCAAAGUCCACGAUGGCUGAUUCGUCGUGCGGUCACCGGUUCUGCUUGGACUGCUGGAACGAGUAUUUGACAACGAAAAUCAUGGACGAUGGGAUCGGUCAGACGAUAGCUUGCGCCGCACACGAAUGCGACAUUCUGGUGGACGACGAGCGCGUGAUGAAACUGGUGACAGAUCCGGCGGUCAAGUACAAGUAUCAGGUCCUGAUAACGAACAGCUUCGUCGAGUGUAACCGAGAGUUGCGCUGGUGUUCGACUCCCGGCUGCGAGGCUGCGAUCAAGGUUCGAUAUCACGACGCCAAGCCGGUCACCUGCAAGUGCAACCGGACGAUGUGUUUCGCCUGCGGCGAGGACUGGCACGAUCCGUUAACUUGCGAGUUGCUGCGUAAAUGGAUGAAGGUGUUCCAUAAAGACGAGGCCAACACAAGAUGGAUCUCGAAGAACGCGAAGCCGUGUAUCAACUGUUAUACGCCGAUCCAGAAAAAUGGCGGCUGCAAUUCCGUAUCGUGCAAGAAAUGCUCUCACGUGUUCUGCUGGGUAUGCGAGAAAUCGUGGAAGUUACAUUUGUUUCAUUAUCAUUGUAGCUUCCAGUCAAAACAAGAGACCAUAAGUUCAGUCCAACCGACCAGUUCGCAGCAAAAAUAUCUGUUUUACGAAUUGAGAUUCAUAAAGCACCGAGACUCGAUCAAGAGGGUCUCUGCGUUAUACGAAAUGGUAAAUAAAAAGAUGGAGAAAAUAAUGAAGCACGAUAUGACGUGGAUCGAGGUACAAUUCAUGAAGAAAGCUGUGGAUGUUUUGUGCUUAUGUCAACAGACUCUCAUGUACACGUAUGCCUUUGCAUACUAUUUAAAGAAAACGAAUCAUAUGGCCAUUUUGGAACAGAAUCAAAGGGAUUUGGAGGCCGCCGUUUUCGAGCUCUCUAAAUAUCUCGAGUUAGAUAUUGAGGAAGAGGAUGUCAGCGAAAUUAAAGAAACUAUAGUUAGCAAAACUAACUAUUGCAAGAGACGCUUUACAGUACUGCUCGAUCAUGUUCACGAUGGCUACGAUGAGGACAUAUGGGAGUUCGAGGAACAAGACCAGUAGUAACAGACUCGACAUUACUUUUUUUUUCGUUCUUUGUUUUUACAACAAACAUUUGCGUUUUUUACAACUAUGACUAAUAUUUUUAUUGAUGCGUCUCUUUCGAAUCAUUAAAUAGACUUUCAUAUUGACUUUCU